AUGUCCGACCACCCCGUCCCGAGCUCUUCAAAGCAACAACUUUCCACAAACUCUUCGCACAAAGAACGCGCGCAUGAUUAUGGAUACUACCAGCCCCCUCGGGAGCUAGAACAAUUCGCGCCGUAUACCUACUAUUCGCAGCUCGGCCACACGCGCUACCCACCGCCACCCGCCCAGCGAUAUAUGGUCGCAUACGAUACAGACGAUGAAUCAGUGGCAGCCGCGGGCGGAGGACAUGACCAACCCAAGUCCAUACAAAGUCCUAGACCGGGACCAAGCUUGGGCCCGGUUACGUCGUGGGCACCCACCACUUCAUUCUAUGGACCCCCCAUAGAGCAGAAGAUCGAGUUCUCCAUUGAAAGGUUGGCCCGCCAAGUGGGCGUACCGAUGGCGGGGAUCCACGACCCUCUGAUGCCCAUCAUGAUGCUCUUACCGGAUACCCCUGUUGCUUCCUACUUGCGGCUACCGAACGGACGCCCACGGGAGUCCAUUAGCUUCCGCAUAGCGUGGCAAGCCUACCCAGAGAUCGAGUUCGCGCGGGAGAUACCUCUGGCCAAGUUCGAUGGCCCUGAUAAAGUCUCGAUUACUCGUCUCGACCUUGCGCGGGCUGUAGUGGACACAUAUCGUGAUUUUCAAGCGGCCUGUCAGACUCAACGGCCCAAGCCCGGUCUUGAACCAUGGUCAUUUGCGCCAGAUGGACUUACCUACAAGGAACUGUAUCUCGUGUCGAUAUACUCCCCUGAUGGAGAUUGCUUUGUCGCCAACAUCAAUUUCGUCGCGGAUCCUGACAAUACUGCCUCGUACCUGAUCCAUUUUGGGCAUUAUGCCCAAGCGUUCCCGGGGCUGGGCGCUGACGCACUACCCGUACCUGCGCUGAUGCGCUUUGACCUUGCGGGGAGAUUCCAAACGCCACAGAAAGUAUUGCAAUGGUCCAAGGUCUCGCACAUCUCUUUCUGGGCCCAUCGGUCAAAGCCAUGUUCUGCACGUAUAAAGCUUGGUAUCUCGUCAUGUUCUGUCCUCACAUUCCAGCGUGAUCUCAGCUCUCACAUCCGUCUCCUAUUAUCUUGCCACGACAUGUCGCACGCAACCCAACUCGACAAGUACUACAUUCGAGGCGACACGAACCUCGAGCUACGGCCCAUCGAGGACAUUGAAUAUCGUACUCUCCACGGCUGCAAUGAAGAGCAUCUUCGGCACCAGGAAUCUCUACCACGGCUAAUGAUGUUGCCCAACCUCCGCGUUGACCCAAUGGUUCGUGUUCCGCAGCCCACCAUGGACCCCGCAAGAGGCGUUCCCUUGGAAAACUUUGCCUCGAUGCGGUCCGACUCAAUACCGAAAGGGCUAACAUGGCUGGACAACCAGCGUGUCGAAUUCGACCUCCAUGGACUACCCCGGGGCACCGGAAUAUGUCUUGGGCUGUUACAAGACAAGACAGUUCCAGAGAUUGCCCCGCACGUCGUUGACGUCCAAAAACCCGUUAUUCUGCCCACGCACACUGGCGCCAAUUAUCAACAGAUAGUCAUCACGUUCUGGUGGCCUGCGUAUCCGCGCACGUCGCGGAACUUCAGAGCACCAGUCACUAUACGCCGAAACAACAGUGCCAUGCACACUAUUACCAGGGCCGGGCUCCUCUUGCAACUCGUUGGGGUCUUCAACGCCUUUGUAGAGCUCACGAAGACAGAGAUACCGUAUCCUGCGGCACGAGAGUGGGCAUUGUUAGGUAGAAACGGGCUGACUCUCGAUCAAUUAUGGAUCGUUUCGUUAUACCAGAUGUCAGGGCCAGUUUUCCGGCUCGAAAUCCACGCUGCGCGGCCUCCAGUACAUCCUUCAUGA